ACACUUCUGACACCAUGUGCUACCGCAGCAGCUGCUAUGGUGGCCUGGGCUGUGGCUAUGGCUGUGGCUGUGGCUAUGGCUAUGGUGGCUAUCGUGGCUAUGGCUACAGCUGUUGCCGCCCCCUCUGCUGUAGAAGAUACUGGUCCUAUGGCUUCUACUGAGGAGUUUCCACAGCUUCACAGUCUAUAGAUUAGAGCUUGAUGGUUUGUGGGAUUUAUCUCCAAUGCUCCUCACAUGACAAAGUUUUAAAUGCCUUUGAAU